AUGGAAGUAUACUUCAGACCUCGAGACUACAGAGCCGAAGAAGAAGCAUACUCGCUUCCUCGAGCACGCGCCGAUACUCAUCCUCUAUCUCUAUCCGCUCCAUCUUUAUCGCACAACCAGGUUGAUGUCGUGGAUCAUGAGAAUGAUUUCUUUGAUCCACUGAGGGCGUCAGACGCUAAAGAAGCAGUGGCUGUGGAGGAUUUCCAGGAUGGAGGGGAUGGCUUUACCCCAGGGCUACCUCGUCAAGCUGAGGUGCAACUUCCGGCAAAGGAAUGGACCUCUUUUAAGAAAAUCUUAAUGCAAAGGUUUCCCGUCUCUAAAACGGUUUCAGUUUCUUCGGUACCCAAAGAGGCUUGUACACUAGAAGGUCCCAAGAGUGUUGGCAUUGGUGCACCUGCUUCUCUGUUCGAAACCCUUGAGGGUAACGCAGCUGUUUAG